AUGGAGUAUAUGCCCCUCGAGGAUGUCGAGCGAUUCGAGGGAUAUCGCCCUGGCGGCUACCAUCCAACAGGUAUUGGUGACCUUCUUCAUGAUGGCCGUUACCGCAUCGUACAUAAAUUAGGAUUUGGUGGCUACUCAAUCAUCUGGCUAGCAAGGGACUUGAAAAUCAACAGAUAUGUGGCCAUCAAAAUUAUGAUUGCCAACGGCAAUUCUCAAGACUGCAACAUACUCCGUCACUUGGGAGAUCUAAAGAACAACGAUUCUGCAAAGUCUCUCAUCUCCUCAAUGUCGGAUGAGUUCGUUGUUGCAGGGCCCAAUGGCGAACACAGAUGUGUUGUCACCGCACCAGCAAGCAUGAGUCUGUCUGAUGCCAAAGACGCCUCAUAUAGCAGGCUAUUUCAGCUAUCUACGGCACGAGUCAUUGCUGCCCAGCUAGUUCAAGCCAUUGCCUUCCUUCAUUCCCGAGGCAUUGUUCAUGCUGAUAUUCACCCUGGUAACAUUUUACUCCCGCUUUCUAGAGAUAUAAAUAUCCUGUCGCUUGAGGAGCUUUACCUUCAAUACGGCCGCCCAAAUCUUGAGCCUAUAAAGCGCCUUGAUAAUUCACCUCUUGCCGCUGGAGUUCCAACUCACGCAGUUGUGCCUAUGUGGCUCGGUAAGAAUGGCCAGCAUAUUUCUCCCACUGAGGCGAGCGGCAUCCUUCUCACUGAUUUUGGCGAAUCCUUUCAACCAUCCGUUACAAUAAGACACCAUUCAAACACAACCAUUAUAUUUUCACCCCCUGAAGUUCGUUUUAUGGCCCAGGUACCGCUAUCCUUCCCUAGUGAUAUCUGGAGCCUUGCGUGUACUAUUUAUAGUAUUCUGGGUACUGGACCGCCCUUUGAAGGGUUUCCCCCAUCUGGCGACUAUGUAACUAAGGAGCAUGUUGACACCCUCUGUAAACUACCUCCUAAGUGGUGGGAGAAAUGGGAAGCACGCUCUAAAUGGUUUGAUGAACAUGGGAAAAUCAAAGAUACAGAGUCUGAAAGGCCGUGGGAGAAACGAUUUAGCUCCGAUGUAGAGGAACCUAGACGGGAAUGCAGUAUGGAGAAGAUUGGCGAUGCAGAGAAAGCUGCUUUAUUCAAUAUGCUAAAAGAGAUGCUAGCCUUCCGGCCUAACGAGCGAUUGACUUCUGCUGAAGCCCUCAAUUCCAAGUGGAUGCAGGAGUGGGCUCUGCCGGAGCUUGAGAUGGCAAGGAAGAUUCGAUAA